UCUCUUGUUAUGAAAUCAGCUGUUGAAAACUGGCUUAGCAGAAAAAAUCUCCAAACACUGAAUGAAGAGAAUGCAGCUUUGAGGAAAACUCUGACGGAAGUAAAAUCAUCCAGCAAUAAGCACCUCACGUGUCCUGAAAUUCCUAAAGUAAAUAUAAACGGGCCAUGUGCAUGUGAUGAAGGCUGGGAUGAACAUGGAGGAAAGUGUUAUUACUUCUCCACCAAUAAAUCAUCCUGGACAGAGAGCAGAGAUGAAUGUAGGGCUAAAGGAGGAGACCUGGUUAAGAUAGAUAACUGGUGUGAGCAGAUUUUUCUAAAAACCAGAUUGAAUGGAAAAAUGGACAACUUUGACGACAUGUUCUGGAUUGGCCUGACAGAUGCAGUGGAAGAGGGCAGAUGGUUGUGGUUGGAUGGCUCACCACUAAACACAAGUUUGUCUUUUUGGGCUGACCAUGAGCCGGACAACUGGACUCAUGAAAAUCCUGAUGGAGAGCAUUGUGUAAGGCUGGGGGAGGAAGAAGGAGAAGAACCCCUGAAGACUUGGUAUGAUAAGUUUUGCAAAGCUCCUAAUAAGAGCAUAUGCGAAAAAUGGGUAAAAACAGAUUGA